UAACUAGAUAAUUAUAUUUUAAAUUUUAUUGAUUUGAACAGUACAUAGAAAGUUAUAAUAUGAAUUUAUUAAUUAUUGUAUUUACCUUUGCAGUUUGCUAUGGAAAGCACACUGAUAAUUCAGCGGUGUAUAUCAAUGAUCAACCGAAUAAACAAGAAAUUACAACUGCUAAAUAUGACACAACUACCAUUCCCAUUGAGCAGCCUGCUCACAAUAAUGACCAUGAUUUAGUUAAGUCCAAACAAAAUAUAACUGAUGAGCAAAUGGCCAUGAUGGAUAUGAUAACACCACUGCCCAAACCACAUACAACUACACCAUGCACAAAUAUUACUGUUACAUUAAAUCUUGUGUCAAGCAAUCAUUACCGGUAUGGCAAAAACGACCUAUCUCACAAAUACCUAUUGAACAGCGCGUAUCGUAUGGCCAUAAGAUUAACGGGAAAACAGUAUACAUUUGUCGUAUAAAACAAACAUCAAAUUUACUACCUGGAAAGAUUGAUCCUGCUGAAAAUAUAUGUCAUGGCAGUGUAGGUGGUGUUGAAUUUAAAAACUCGGUUUAUGAAGUGCUAACUAAUUCAUGCCCAGAAAAUUUGAGCUGGUCAAAAUAUACUAGUAGUGGUGUACCUAACGGCGCUUUAUAUGGUGGUCAAGAGCACCCAGGCGAUAAAAGCUACCCUUACGGUCUAGAGGGUGAGACCUACAUUACCCGUGCUAAUGUUAGUGGUGAAUGGGUAGCCGGUAAAAUGCAUGUUAAGCAAAGUGGGCUUAUGUGGUACAUGUACAAUGGUGGUGAAAUGUAUCACACUGGUG